AUGAAGUUCUACACGGCAUUGACGGCGGUUGCUUCCUUGGUUGCAACUGCGACCGCUCAUGGAGGAGUCGAUCAGUAUAUUGUAGGAGACACAACCUACCAAGGAUGGUCACCGUACAACUCAGCUUCAGGUCAAAAGUCCAUUCAGCGACAGUACUCGACUUACGACCCCAUGUACAUCAAAGAUCUCUCAACAGUCAACAUCCGCUGCAACAACAACGGCGCUCUCGGUACAGGCAUGACUGGCACCAUUGCCGCUGGUGCCAAGUUGAAGACACACUGGAAGCAAUGGACUCACAGGCCGACCUCUCUUCUUGUAUACAUGGCCAAAUGUCCGGGAUCUUGUGACGGCUUCGAUGGAGCUGGUAAAGUGUGGUUUAAGAUAUAUGAGCAAGGCCUCAUAUCCGGGACUGAAAACGACGGCAUAUGGGCAGGUGAUGCCAUCCUCGACACUCUCUAUGCCACAGUCACUAUCCCGGCUACACUUGCAGCAGGUGACUACUUGAUCCGCCAUGAGCUCAUCGCUGUACAUCAGGCGAACAACCCGCAAUCGCGUUACGGUCACGUCAAAUAG